GGGGGCCGGGGCCCUGGAGCAGCUGCGCGCCCCGCCCCGCGGGCUCCUCCCCGCCGCCGCGGCCCCCAGGCUGCUGCCCCGAUGCGCUGCGCCGGGAGCCCAGGCCGAGCCGCCGCCGCAGCUGUUGGGGCGCCCGGGCCGGGUGACGCUGCCGCUGCCCGUGCCCCUCUCAGACCCCGCCGGCUGCAUGGAGCCCCCGGAGGGCGCUGGCCCGGGAGAGAUCGGUAAGGAGGUUGAGGUCCUGCAGGCUGCCCUGGGUGUCCCAGCCCAUGGGACAGGGGACAGCUGCCACUCGCCUGUGGUGGAAGAAGAGGUGGGCAUCCCUAUACCAGCACCGGGGCUCCUGCAGGUCACAGAGAGGAGGCAGCCCCUGAGCAGCGUCUCCUCUCUGGAGGUCCACUUUGACCUCCUGGAUCUCACCGAGUUGACCGACAUGUCCGACCAGGAGCUGGCCGAGGUCUUUGCUGACUCGGACGACGAGAACCUUACCAGCGAGUCCCCAGCAGGGCUGCACCCGCUCCCGAGGGCCGGCUGCCUUCGCUCCCCCUCCUGGACGAGGACAAGAGCUGAGCAGAACCGCGAGAAGCAGCCCCUUGGCGACCCUGAGCGGCAGGCCGCAAUCCUGGACACAUUUCUCACGGUGGAGAGGCCCCAGGAGGACUAGGCAUCUCCAUCCGCCUGGGGGCGCUGCAGCCCCCAUCACGAUGACACAUGGGGUGGUCCUGGCCCUGCUGACAGACGUUGCCCUCUCCACGAGGCUCCAGCCAUCACCUCCUGACACAGCAAGCCGGGGCCAGGGGCACUGCGGCGGAGGUUCCCUGUCAGCCCCUGGGCCAGGGCGUCUGCUGGGCACAGGACUCGGCCUCACUCAGAGACCAGCUGGCUUUCCCGGGGGACACGCUGGGCCCCUGGGUGCCUCUGGGAGCCCCAGCACAAGCACAGCCCAGUGGCCUUAUGUCCAGCCCGUUCCUGGACCCUGGAUCAGGAAGACGACACCGUCAAGUCACUGCCUGGUGAUGAGACAAUCGGCAGAGUGCGCAAUGGUAGCCUCAGGGUGGGGGGACCUGAGCCUGUGGGAACCUUGCCAAGAACCCCCUGGGGGUCCCCAAGCUUAGCAUGAGAUGCAGGUUUGGUCGUAGCUGACAGGACACAAUGCUGUCCAGCCAAGCACGUGGGCUAGGGUCAGCCCCGGAAGUUUCCACCUUGAUUUCAUUCCUGCUCCCUUCCUCUGCCCCUUGGAGGCACUGCCAGCCCCAGGGCCCCUCCCCGGGCUCACCUCUGAGACCUGCGCCUGCUUUUCCUGGUCUCUCCAUCCAUCUCCUCCUUAGCUCAAAACACCAAAUAUCGCCAGACUGCCUCGCAACCCCGAGACACCUCCCAGACUGCCUGGGGGGUGGGGUUCACCCUCUUCCCCACCCUGAGCCCUAAACAAGGCACAUCCUUCUGUCCCUUCUCCACAUCCCACAGACCGGCUGCGUGGCCCACCCACACCUCUGGGUCCACGUGACUGUGUCCCAGGCACUGACAGGCCCACCCACUCUCCUGUGGGGGUGUCAGGAGCUCCCAACGAGCCCCUCCCAGCACUGCUUUUCAUGAGCUGAAGAUCACAGAAUAAGCUUCUUGUUUGAUAGCAAAGAACCGUCAAAGAACAGUUUUAAUGGGAAAGUUUAAGCUUGCUUUUUGUCCCCAAGCCACCCUGCCAUGCCCCAUUUCCCACGAAAACAUUUCCAGGGAAGGAAAACAGGCUCUGAUCCUCACGGGACUCUUCUGGAGAGACGCCCUGGGCACGCACUGGACUCCUGCUGUGUGUGGGUAUGUCCAGGAGGCUCCCUGCUGACCCGCACCCUCCUCCCCCGCUUGUCUGCACUGUUGGCAAGUCCAGGUCCUGCCCCAACCAGGUCUCCUAAAUGAAAACCAUCCCUGCUUUCCAAUCUCACAGAACCAAGCAGCUUUCUCUUUUGACCCCACAAAGGCAGCCGUGCCCUUGGCCACACCUCCACCAUCCAGGGUGGUCUUCCCCAUUUUCCAUCCUUCCUGCUGCAACUGACAUAGAUCUCAUCCACAAAGAGUGGGAUUAAAGCAUCACCACCCCGCAUCUCAA